UGAAACUGUUUGAGGUGAUAGAGACUGAGAAGACUCUCUACCUGGUGAUGGAAUAUGCCAGUGGAGGUAAGCUACUUAGUAAUAUGAGGUACAGUAAAUAGUGUAGUACAGAGUACACUAUAAUAUUUAUAAUAUGCUUUGAGCAUAAUGCAUGAAAAGCUCAUAAAUAUUAAAUGGAAGUAUUAUCAUCAUGAUUCUAACAUUAUAGUAUGACACCCUCCUCUUGAAUAGCUACCAGGUGCUACACUGUGCUAACGCACCUGCUUCAGGCAGUCAAGUUCCUGAUGAGUUGCCUGUUAGUAGAAUCAGCUGUUUGAGGUGCAGGGCUGGAGCAAAAGCCUGCAUUACCAGUAGCUCUCCAGGAUCAGGGAUGGUCUGACUCCUGCUAUUUAUAUAGUACUUUAUAAUAACACAUAAUAUUGCCUUACCUAGGACAAAUGAGGCUUCCUAACUAGCAGUUUAUGCUUUCUUGGCGGUUUCCAGACAUAUGACUUUACACUUAAUUUGGGGGACUGAGAGGAAGUUGUGGCAUGUCUCCAUUCAGUCAAAGUUGAACUUAAACUCUCUAUCUCUCCCUCUCGCAAACCCCUCCCCUUCUCUGCUCUCUUUCUUUCUGUCUCUCACUCUCUCUUUCUCCCCGCUCUCUCACUCCCCCACUCUCUCUCUCCCCCUCCCUCCCCACCUCUAUCUCUCCCCCCAUUUCCCCUUUCUCCUUCCAGGGGAGGUCUUUGACUAUCUCGUAGCACAUGGGAGGAUGAAGGAGAAGGAGGCCAGGGCUAAAUUUAGACAGGUACCGCAGUGGACUGGAUUCAGUCCUACACACGCACGCACACACACACACACACACACACACACACACACACACACACAGAGAGAGAAUAACUUCUGCCAGUGGACGAGAGCUGCAUUAUCAACAGCAUUUGGUGUGACACUGUAAUUUUGAUAUUACUAUAUGUAUUAUACCAGUACAUGCAUUUAUACAUAUAUUAUUGUGUUAUUUAUCUCUAAACGUAGCUCAGUUGGUAGAGCAUGGCGCUUGCAACGCUAUGAUUGUGGGUUCGAUUCUUGGGAGCACCCAUACGUAAAAAAAAAAAAAUGCACGCAGGACUGUAAGUCGCUUUGGAUAAAAUUGUCUGCUAAAUGGCAUAUAUAGAGACUAUGAUACUAGAUAGAGGAUAUGGGAGGUUAUAACUUCACAUUGACCAGCAGGCCUAUUAUUCAUUGAGGAAGAGGCAAAAAUGACUGUCACCAAAACAAAGAAUCAUGUGACUGGAAAAAAUAUAUUACCCCAUUCAGUAGUUACAUUGAUUGUUCUUGAUGUAGUUACAAAGUAUGUUAUUGACAGUAAUCAGCAAAUCAGCCACUGCUUACCUAGAUGGGGAAUUCCACCAGAUCUGACACGCUGUUCUAGCCACAAGCACGUCCCUGUUGUCCAAUCAAUAGAGGUCUGAGAAGUGUGGGUGCUGCUGGUGGAUGUUGCUAAUUGUCCACACACACACACUCUGAACCCCAAGCUCCUCUGCCAUGUGUCAAACUCUGAAAUGUCAAGGUCUGCAGUGUCUGUAGUUGUCCCUUGAAGACGAACCUAUGAAACGUCGUAGGACAACUGUCUAAUAAGAUGUUCUGACUUGUCAUUUUAUGGUUUUGGUAAAUUCCUUUCCAGAUUGUGUCAGCUGUACAGUACUGUCAUCAGAAACACAUCGUACACAGAGACCUGAAGGUAAUGAAGACUUUACGUACACACACACACACACACACACACACACACACACACACACACACACACACGUAGGAUCUUAAUUUGAACCAGUUUGCUACAGCAGGACAAUAAUCCUGCAGCAACAGGAAAUGUGAAUUAUUAUGUGGAUUAUAAUUAAUGGACAUUUUUGUAAGGAUUGAUACAUUUUCGUAAGGGAAAAUCAAGACAUUUUCAAAGUGGAAAUGACAAACUUCAGAAGACUUCUAAACGCUAGAACCACUAAAUCAGUCAUCAUUUGGACGGCUCAUUGAUUACAUUUUUAAAGUCAUGCCCCUCUCACUCCUAGACUUUUCCUAAAUAAGUGUAUUUACCACACUGUUGUUGUUACAAUCUUAAUAUCACAAACAGAACUGGUGUCAAAACGAGUUUUAGCAGGGCAUGUCAUUUCUUUGAAUGGUUUUCCAGGGGAAAAAUUACAUGCCCUCCUAAAAUAGGGUUUCCCCUCCUUCUCCCCACAGUUGAAGGUGCCCAGUUGAUAAUCACCCCGAUAACUGCCUCGAAACUGAACCUAAACUGUACCGAAACUAAUUUCACAGAUAUAACAACAGAUGAAAUAAAUGAAGUAAAGUAUGAUGGGGGAGAAUGGAUCUAUUCUGAUUAUUAUCUCAAAAUGCUAUGUACCCUUUAUCAGUCCACCGAAUCCAAGCAGUUUUAUCAGUCUACUUUGGUCUACUUGGAGAACACAGUGAGAGCAUGCGUCAUUUACAACGGUAUUAAGACCAAGACAAAUGGAUGCACAUUCUGCGUUUGUGCUGCUACAAGAUCUGAAUGAAAACGACUCGGAUGGUGGGGAAGAAAUGAAUCAUGACAUCUCUGAUAUAAGGGUUGGUGUGAGGUGUGACCCAGGUGCGGUGCAGGUUAGACAGUAGGCAGAGAUGGUGAAACAAGGAUCUUUACUGGUGGUCCCGAAGCCAGGAUACAAAACAACGGACUUAUCACGAAAUAAUAAAGCAGGAGCAAAUUGGUCUCCAAAAACAGGAUGACCGCAAACAUACGAAAUACUAACUACGACUGAAAACAACAAUGAAACAGGGAGAACACUUCUCAAGUACCUGUACAUACGUCUCGCGAUCAGACACUGAUUAGUACUGUUUGGCAUCGAGAAACUAGAAGAGAAAACCGAGCAAGGGAAUACAGGGAAGUGAGGGCAUAAAUACACAGGUGAACAGGUAGACAGAGGUGACACCAAUAGGAUAUGAUUUUCACAAUUUAUGAAGCACACUUGGAGCUUAUGAUGUUUAGGCUACUGAUGUUUUCAUCAUUUGACCGUGCGUCUUGGUGACCGUGCGUCUUGGUGACAGUGCGUCUUGGUGACAGUGCGUCUUGGUGACAGUGCGUCUUGGUGACCGUGCGUCUUGGUGACCGUGCGUCUUGGUGACCGUGCGUGGCGUUUGGUGACAGUGCGUCUUGGUGACCGUGCGUCUUGGUUACCAUGCGUCUUGGUGACCGUGACCGUGCGUCUUGGUGACCGUGCGUCUUGGUGACUGUGCGUCUUGGUGACCGUGCGUCUUGGUGACCGUGCGUCUUGGUGACCGUGCGUCUUGGUGACCGUGCGUCUUGGUGACAGUGCGUCUUGGUGACCGUGCGUCUUGGUUACCAUGCGUCUUGGUGACCGUGACCGUGCGUCUUGGUGACCGUGCGUCUUGGUGACCGUGCGUCUUGGUGACUGUGCGCCUUGGUGGUUAAGGUAUUUUUAGUUUCGUCAUUAGAAAAAUAAGCUGUUACGUGUUUCAACCCAUAUGAUUUCUGUUUCAUAGUUGGAACAAGUUGGCACUCCACGAAUACAAAUAUAUAUAUUUCUUGUCGUUAUAAAAUAUAUUUUUUCUUUGUAUUCUUAUGUUAUCUAAGACCUUCAUAAACACAACCAAAUGAUUAUUUUUGUGAUAUCAUAUAUGAGAUACAGUGGGGAAAAAAAGUAUUUAGUCAGCCACCAAUUGUGCAAGUUCUCCCACUUAAAAAGAUGAGAGAGGCCUGUAAUUUUCAUCAUAGGUACACGUCAACUAUGACAGACAAAAUGAGAGAAAAAAAAUCCAGAAAAUCAAUUGUAGGAUUUUUAAUGAAUUUAUUUGCAAAUUAUAGUGGAAAAUAAGUAUUGGUCAAUAACAAAAGUUUCUCAGUACUUUGUUAUAUACCCUUUGUUGGCAAAUGACACAGGUCAAACGUUUUCUGUAAGUCUUCACAAGGUUUUCACACACUGUUGCUGGUAUUUUGGCCCAUUCCUCCAUGCAGAUCUCCUCUAGAGCAGUGAUGUUUUGGGGCUGUCGCUGGGCAAACACGGACUUUCAACUCCCUCCAAAGAUUUUCUAUGGGGUUGAGAUCUGGAGACUUCAGGACCUUGAAAUGCUUCUUACGAAGCCACUCCUUCGUUGCCCGGGCGGUGUGUUUGGGAUCAUUGUGAUGCUGAAAGACCCAGCCACGUUUCAUCUUCAAUGCCCUUGCUGAUGGAAGGAGGUUUUCACUCAAAAUCUCACGAUACAUGGCCCCAUUCAUUCUUUCCUUUACACGGAUCAGUCGUCCUGGUCCCUUUGCAGAAAAACAGCCCCAAAGUAUGAUGUUUUCACUCCCAUGCUUCACAGUAGGUAUGGUGUUCUUUGGAUGCAACUCAGCAUUCUUUGUCCUCCAAACACGACGAGUUGAGUUUUUACCAAAAAGUUCUAUUUUGGUUUCAUCUGACCAUAUGACAUUCUCCCAAUCCUCUUCUGGAUGCACUCUAGCAAACUUCAGACGGGCCUGGACAUGUACUGGCUUAAGCAGGGGGACAUGUCUAGCACUGCAGAAUUUGAAUCCCUGGCGGCGUAGUGUGUUACUGAUGGUAGGCUUUGUUACUUUGGUCCCAGCUCUCUGCAGGUCAUUCACUAGGUCCCCCCGUGUGGUUCUGGGAUUUUUGCUCACCGUUCUUGUGAUCAUUUUGACCCCACGGGGUGAGAUCUUGCGUGGAGCCCCAGAUCGAGGGAGAUUAUCAGUGGUCUUGUAUGUCUUCCAUUUCCUAAUAAUUGCUCCCACAGUUGAUUUCUUCAAACCAAGCUGCUUACCUAUUGCAGAUUCAGUCUUCCCAGCCUGGUGCAGGUCUACAAUUUUGUUUCUGGUGUCCUUUGACAGCUCUUUGGUCUUGGCCAUAGUGGAGUUUGGAGUGUGACUGUUUGAGGUUGUGGACAGGUGUCUUUUAUACUGAUAACAAGUUCAAACAGGUGCCAUUAAUACAGGUAACGAGUGGAGGACAGAGGAGCCUCUUAAAGAAGAAGUUACAGGUCUGUGAGAGCCAGAAAUCUUGCUUGUUUGUAGGUGACCAAAUACUUAUUUUCCACCAUAAUUUGCAAAUAAAUUCAUUAAAAAUCCUACAAUGUGAUUUUCUGGAUUUUCUUUUCUCAAUUUGUCUGUCAUAGUUGACGUGUACCUAUGAUGAAAAUUACAGGCCUCUCUCAUCUUUUUAAGUGGGAGAACUUGCACAAUUGGUGGCUGACUAAAUACUUAUUUUCCCCACUGUAUAUUAGUUACACUGUAAUAAUGUUGCAGUCAGAAUGAGGGGGGACCUUCGAGGCCCAGCGGUUCCAGUGUUAAACCUCAAAUACACUACAAGUUUUACAUUUUCUGCAUUGCAGGCGGGAAAGUUGUCCUGCAACAGGGUGAUCAAAUUAAGAUCCUACACCUGCACACACGUACCCUGGCACACAUACGCGUACCAUGACACAUACACACACACACACACACUCUCCUCACUGUUCAUAAUCACCUCCUACUCCUUUAGCAGGGGUCUCACCGGCUACCACAUGGGAUGUUGUGUUACCAUCCCAUAGAGAUGUGUGCUUGUGACACAGUGUAGUAGUCUACAGGGCAUUACACGCUCUGUUUCCACGCUCUGUUUCCACGCUCUGUUUCCACGCUCUGUUUCCACGCUCUGUUUCCACGCUCUGUUUCCACGCUCUGUUUCCACGCUCUGUUUCCACGCUCUGUUUCCACGCUCUGUUUCCACGCUCUGUUUCCACGAUGAGACGUCCUAAAUGAUGCAUGAGCACGAGUGAGAGGGUGCGUAAUGGAGAAAGAGAGAAAGUGGGAGUGAGGAACAGAUAGAGAUGGAUUGAGAAACAGGGGGAGAAGGAGAGAAAGUGGGAGGGAGGAACAGAUAGAGAUGGAUAGAGAAACGGGGGAGAAGGAGAGAAAGUGGGAGGGAGGAACAGAUAGAGAUGGAUAGAGAUAGGGAGAAGGAGAGUGGAGGAAACAAGAAGAAAGAUGUCAGAUGCCACGCGUCGGGCAAGGAGGUGGUUGGCAUCUUGCUCAUCCUCUGUACCUCAUUCCCUUCUUUGUCUUCCUCCUCCCCCACUUUCCUGCUCUCCCUCUUGUUCCUCUCCUCUUGUCAACCCCUCUCUCUUCUCUUUCAAUCAAUCAAUCAACAUUUAUUUAUAAAGGCCUUUUUACAUCAGCAGAUGUCACAAAGUGCUAUACAGAAACCCAGCCUAAAACCCCAAACAGCAAGCAAUGCAGAUGUAGAAGCACGGUGGCUAGGAAAAACUCCCUAGAAAGGCAGAAACCUAGGAAGAAACUAUUUUUCAUUUCUCCCGUUUGGUCCUCUAUCCUCUCUUCAUAUCUCUCUCUUUCCCCUAAUAGCUCUCUUCAUUAUUUUUCUAUCUGCCACAUUCAGGUCUGUGAAGUGGGUUAAAAAGAGAGUCUGACAACGUUACUGCCGGUGUAAAUGUCCAGUGUGUAGCAUGGUGCAUCUUGUGUCACACCUCUCUCUCUCUCUCUCUCUCUCUCUCUCUCUCUCUCUCUCUCUCUCUCCCCCCCCCUCUCCCCCACCCACCUCAACCAGGCUGAGAACUUACUCCUGGAUGCCGACAUGAACAUCAAGAUUGCCGACUUUGGCUUCAGUAAUGAGUUUGUCAUGGGAAGUAAGCUGGACACGUUCUGUGGCUCUCCUCCCUACGCCGCCCCCGGAGCUGUUCCAGGGGAAGAAGUACGACGGACCAGAGGUGGACGUCUGGAGCCUGGGGGUCAUCCUGUACACGCUGGUGUCAGGGUCACUGCCCUUCGAUGGUCAGAACCUCAAGGUGUGUGUAUAUGUGUGAGUGCAUUAACCUUUUAACCAGUUCUCUACCCAUCUGUCCUAAACGUGCACUUGCUUUAAAAGGAAAGGUGUGUUGUAAGAACUCCAUCUAGCCGAUGCUUACACUUGCCUACCAUGCUCAAUGCGUGGCGAAGAGGGCAUGAUUGCACACUUUGGGAGAAAGGUAGAGAAUUGCGACGUCUUUUUCAGUGGCGGUUUGUGCUGUUCAAGAUUAGGGAGGACACUUUUUUUUUUUAAUGAGCAUGGCCUUAUGGGGUUAAAUGCGAAAGACACAUUUCGGUUGAAUGCAUUCAGUUGUGCAACUGACUAGAUGUCCUCCUUUCCCUUCCUUUAUUUCUAUUACAGCAUAUUGCAGGGUUCCCCAACUGGCGGCAUUGUUGGACAUAAGACCUGUAAAAACACCUGAAAAUCAGCUCCAAGUGAUUUUAAUUUGAAGAAAUCCGUUCCCAAGUGUUCCCACGCAUAAUAGAGAGACGUGUGAUUGUAUAGAAGUAUAAGCAAUGUUUGGAACGAUUGUGUCUUAGUCAAACAUCUGUUUGGGCUCCUUGUGGUCAAUUUGCAGUCUACAAAUGAUUUGUAAUUAUGUUCCGGCCCCCCCCGACCAUCCGCUCAAGAAAGAAUCUUCCCCGCGGCUGAAUCCAGUUGGUGAUCCCUGGCAUGUUGGAUGACUGUCAUUCACAUUCCAUUCACCCAGCUCAAUGUAACAUCGAUAGGUUUAGGCUACUACAUGAUACUCGAACUCUCCCAAUACCCAUCAUGAGGUUGCUACAACCUAGCCUACAAAUGAACGUUUAUAACGUAAGUGCACAGGUUGAGAAACAAAUUGUAGUAAUCAAAGUGACAGUGACACAUUCAAUACCGCAUUGCACACUCUUGCCUGCAUCUAGCUGAUCAUUAAUCCAAACAGUUUUGCAACUAAAACACCAGUUUCUAUUGGAUAAAUUCAGGUAGGUCCCUCCACGUUGCGUUCCGUUAAAAAUAUUAUUUGCAACAGAAUCGGCGGAAUGAAUACACCCUUGAUCACCCGCACACGCAGUUCACUUUCUUUGCUCGUUGUAUAAUCCCUUGUCGCAUCUACGCGCUCUCCUUCUCUCACAACAGCUGUCUGUGACCAGGCGCAAAAAACUUCCCCAAGCCAAACCUUCAUACCAUAACACACAGCCUACACCGUCACCAUAUUAACGUUAUAGUCAACAACCUAGAACUAACAUGUUAGUAAACCCACAAUCCAAUCCAUGUGUACAAUCACGCAGUACAGUGUACAGCAAGCGGUUACACCGGCGGGCCCCGGUGGCAAUACAUUUAUACAACUGAAAGCUUAACUUGACUUGGAAGAGUUGCAGUGUUAGAUAGCCUUAGCCAGCUAGCUAACAUAAAUAGCAUUCCUCUCUGAGUCAGGUUGUUGAGUAGGCUAAAUUGGCUGCAUUAGCUAAGUGAAAGGUAAUCGAAGAAGAAAAAAAUAUACAAUGAAAUAUAGCUAGCUCUCUCUCUCGCUCUGCUGCUUCUCCUUCAUUUUUGAAGAAAUUAAUUUGUUCAAAACUGUUCAACUAUUUUAUUUUUCUCUGAAUCAACUACUCACCACACUUUAUGCACUGAAGUGCUAGCUAGCUGUAGCUGUAUGCUUUCAUUAUCUGAUCCUUUGAUUGGAUGGACAAGAUGUUAGUUUAUACAGCAGGAGCUCUGAUGGGUUAGAGGACGUCCUCCGGAAGUUGUAAUAAUGAAUGUGUAAGUCUAUGGAAGGGGGUGAGAACCAUGAGACUCCUAGGUUUUGUAUUGAAGUCAUUGUACCCAGAGGAGGACGGAAAAUAGCUGUCCUCCGGCUACACCAUGGUGCUACCCUAUAGGGUGCUGUUGAGGCUACUGUAGACCUUCAUUGCAAAACAGUGUGAUUUAAUGGUGACGUGAAUAUAUUUAGUGUAGUUUUAUCUAAAAAGGAUAACUUUUUUAAUGUUUCACUAUUUUAAAAGAUGGUCCUCCCCCCUCCUGAUAUCCUCUGUAGGAGCUGAGAGAGCUUUGUCUGAGGGGGAAAUAACGUAUCUGCUUCAACAUGUCCAACCGACUGACCCCUUACCUCUAACUCCUGACCCUACCUUUAACCUCUCCUCUCUAUUUCCACCUAUAGGAGCUGAGAGGGCAUGUUUUGGGGGGGGGGGGGAUACCGUAUCCCCUUCUACAUGUCCACCGACUGACCCCUGACCUUUAACCCCUGACCCUACCUUUAACCUCUCCUCUCUACCUCUCCCUAUAGGUAUUUGGUAUUUUAUUAGGAUCCCCAUUAGCUGUUGCGAAAGCAGCAGCUACUCUUCCUGGGGUCCACACAAAACAUGAAACAUGACAUAAUACAGAACAUUAAUAGACAAGAACCGCUCAAGGACAGAAAGACAUAAAUGUAAAAAUGGCACACAAAGCUUACAUAUCAAUACAUACACAAAGGAGCUGAGAGCGUGUUUUGGGGUAGCUGAUUCAUUUGGGGGGGGGGGAAAUACCUUAUCCCCUUCUACAUGUCCACCAACUGACCCUAACCCCUGACCCUUAACCCCCGACCCUACCUUUUAACCUCUCCUCUCUAUCUCCCACUAUAGGAGCUGAGAGAGCGUGUUCUAAGGGGUAAAUACCGUAUCCCUUUCUACAUGUCCACCGACUGUGAAAACCUCCUCAAGCGCUUCCUGGUGCUCAACCCAGCCAAGCGCGGGACACUCGAGGUGAGGGAGGAAGGCCAAAAUGUAAAUAUGUUUUACCCUUAUUACUUUUGUUUUACUUCGCCGUGCAGCCCUCUGGCACGGACUCCUUCCUUCUUUACGUCACUCCUUCCUGGAUUCUACCUGUGUGGAGAUGCAUGGCAUGCAGGGUUUGAAAACCACACCUGAAUGUGGUCGCACACACAUACAUGCACACACACACACACACACACACACCUCUUCCCACUGCUAAAGUAGAUUUCCCUCUGCUAGAUGCACAUGCACUCAUGCACGCGCACGUAUACAGAAACACACACACACACACACACCCACACCACCCCCCCACCCCCCACAUACAGCAUUCUGUGCUUUUGUGUACAUACUUGUAUUUAUCUGACCUUUGAUCUAAUCAAAUCAAAUGUUAUUUGUCAAAUGCUUGGUAAACAACAGGUGUAGACUAACAGUGAAAUGCUUACUGACGGGCCCUUCCCAACAAUGCAGAGGAAUUAAUACACAAUGAGUAACGAUAACUUGUCUAUAUACACGGGGUACCAGUACCGAGUCCAUGUGCAGGGGUACGAGGUGAUUGAGGUAGAUAUGUACAUAUAGGCAGGGGUAAAGUUACUAGGCAACAUGCUAGAUAAUAAGCAGUAGCAGCAGCGUAUGUGAUGAGUGAAAAGACUGCAAAAAUGGGGGUCAAUGCCGAUAGUCCUGGUCGCUAUUGGUUAACUAUUUAACUAACUAUUUAGCAGUCUUAUGGCUUGGGGGUAGAAGCUGUUCAGGGUCCUGUUGGUUCCAGACUUGGUGAAUCGGUACCGCUUGCCAUGCGGUACCAGAGAGAACAGUCAAUGACUUGGGUGGCUGGGGUCUUUUUUAGGGCCUUCCUCUGCCACCGCCUGGUAUAGAGGCCCUGGAUGGCAGGGGGGGUCGGCCCCAGUGAUGUACUGGGCUGUACGCACUACCCUCUGUAGCGCCUUGUGGUUGGAUGCCAAGCAGUUGCCAUACCAAGCGGUGAUGCAGCCAGUCAAGAUGCUUUCAAUGGUGCAGCUGUAAAACUUUUUGAGGAUCUGAGGGCCCAUGCCAAAUCUAUUCAGCCUCCUGAGGGGGACGAGGCAUUGUCGUGCCUUCUUUACGACUGUUUUGGUGUGUGUGGACCAUGUUAAUUCCUUAGUGAUGUGGACACAGAGGAACUUGAAUCUCUCGACCCGCUCCACUACAGCCCUGUCGAUUGUGGAUGGGGGGGCGUGCUCACCCCUCGUUUCCUGUAGUCCACGAUCAGCUCUUUUGACUUGCUGACGUUGAGGGAGAUCAGUGACUAGAGGGGCAGCAGUCCGUUUUGUACCACGUCCCCCAGGCUAGAGAGAAAAAGAAAAGUGUUCCUUUUCUAGUAUCUGUGAUACACAAUGACUAAUGCGACACACUGCGGCUAAGCACAGCUAAAGCCAGUAUGUGUGUUUCUUCCCUAAGCACUUCACCCAACUAGCUAGGUGUUUGGAUACCAAGGGCUCGCUACAGUGGCUGAUGGGAACACACACACACACGCUCCUACACUCAUCCAACCACCUUGUACCCUCCUGGGUACCCUCCACUUUCCAGUCUAUCCAACUCUGCUCUGUCACUGCCCUCCAGGUUUGGGCUCAAUGCCAUUUCAAGUCAGUCAACUUAUAUAAUAAUGGCUCAUUUCCAGCAAUCCAUGAGCUGAAUUCCAAUUAAAUUCCCUGAAAUGUCUGAAGCGAAAUGGAACAGAGCCCAAUCCUGGCUCCCCCACCCUACCAAAGUCAAGUUAUCAGAUGCUCCCAAUUGGAAUGGAUCCUGGGACGUGUCCGGGUGGUUGCAACGUUACUGGGUGUUGCAGAUAGAAAUAUAUGAUAUAGAGUUGACACGAUUCCCUCGUGAGAGAGAAGGAUGUCUAUUUCUAGCUGAACGUUCUGUAACAUUUUCUGCUGAACGUGACCCCAGUAAACGACUCUACUGACCCAAGGUCUUUCUAUAGACCCGCCUCCAGGGUUGGGGUCAAUUCCAUUUCAAUUCAGUCAAUUCCUGAAUUGAAAUCUAGACCUGAAGUGUCCGCAGCACUGCUGGUUUUCAUCCUUCCCCUAUAAUCAGGGACUGAUUCAGACCUGGUACACUACGGUUCAGUUCAUUAGGCAGCAAAUGGAAGAAAAUGGACUGUUGUCCGUUGAAAAACAUUUUCUGUGGUGUGCUCCAAUGAACACGACCCAGGUGAGUGACAUCUUUGGCCAAUCAAUCAAUUUACUUCCAGAGAAAAAGGAAAACCAGCAAUAAUGCAGACCUCAAGGCAGUUACUUGACUGCCAGAGUUGGGGACAACUCCAAUUAAAUUCACUCAAAGAAUUGGCCCCAAUCUGAAUUUAAAUGGAAUUGAUCCCAACCCCUGUUUACUACCCCUGUACUAAAGGAUCCAUUCUUAACAUUCAGGGUGCCAGGCUGGUUCUGCAUUCAACAACCCCACUUCCUGGUCUUGCCAAACAAGCCAAUGAGAAAGGAGUUGGCCGAAGCAGAAAGAGCCUGGCACAUACAGUGGGGGAAAAAAGUAUUUAGUCAGCCACCAAUUGUGCAAGUUCUCCCACUUAAAAAGAUGAGAGAGGCCUGUAAUUUUCAUCAUAGGUACACGUCAACUAUGACAGACAAAUUGAGAGAAAAAAAUCCAGAAAAUCACAUUGUAGGAUUUUUAAUGAAUUUAUUUGCAAAUUAUGGUGGAAAAUAAGUAUUUGGUCACCUACAAACAAGCAAGAUUUCUGGCUCUCACAGACCUGUAACUUCUUCUUUAAAAGGCUCCUCUGUCCUCCACUCGUUACCUGUAUUAAUGGCACCUGUUUGAACUUGUUAUCAGUAUAAAAGACACCUGUCCACAACCUCAAACAGUCACACUCAAAACUCCACUAUGGCCAAGACCAAAGAGCUGUCAAAGGACACCAGAAACAAAAUUGUAGACCUGCACCAGGCUGGGAAGACUGAAUCUGCAAUAGGUAAGCAGCUUGGUUUGAAGAAAUCAACUGUGGGAGCAAUUAUUAGGAAAUGGAAGACAUACAAGACCACUGAUAAUCUCCCUCGAUCUGGGGCUCCACGCAAGAUCUCACCCCGUGGGGUCAAAAUGAUCACAAGAACGGUGAGCAAAAAUCCCAGAACCACACGGGGGGACCUAGUGAAUGACCUGCAGAGAGCUGGGACCAAAGUAACAAAGCCUACCAUCAGUAACACACUACGCCGCCAGGGACUCAAAUCCUGCAGUGCCAGAUGUCCAGGCCCGUCUGAAGUUUGCUAGAGUGCAUUUGGAUGAUCCAGAAGAGGAUUGGGAGAAUGUCAUAUGGUCAGAUGAAACCAAAAUAGAACUUUUUGGUAAAAACUCAACUCGUCGUGUUUGGAGGACAAAGAAUGCUGAGUUGCAUCCAAAGAACACCAUACCUACUGUGAAGCAUGGGGGUGGAAACAUAAUGAUUUGGGGCUGUUUUUCUGCAAAGGGACCAGGACGACUGAUCCGUGUAAAGGAAAGAAUGAAUGGGGUCAUGUAUCGUGAGAUUUUGAGUGAAAACCUCCUUCCAUCAGCAAGGGCAUUGAAGAUGAAACGUGGCUGGGUCUUUCAGCAUGACAAUGAUCCCAAACACACUGCCCGGGCAACGAAGGAGUGGCUUCGUAAGAAGCAUUUCAAGGUCCUGGAGUGGCCUAGCCAGUCUCCAGAUCUCAACCCCAUAGAAAAUCUUUGGAGGGAGUUGAAAGUCCGUGUUGCCCAGUGACAGCCCCAAAACAUCACUGCUCUAGAGGAGAUCUGCAUGGAGGAAUGGGCCAAAAUACCAGCAACAGUGUGUGAAAACCUUUGACCUGUGUCAUUGCCAACAAAGGGUAUAUAACAAAGUAUUGAGAAACUUUUGUUAUUGACCAAAUACUUAUUUUCCACCAUAAUUUGCAAAUAAAUUCAUAAAAAAUCCUACAAUGUGAUUUUCUGGAUUUUUUUUUCUCAUUUUGUCUGUCAUAGUUGACGUGUACCUAUGAUGAAAAUGUGUGUCAAGGCACAGAUUGUGUCAAGGCACAGAUCUGGGGAAGGGUACCAAAAAAUGUCUGCAGCAUUGAAGGUCCUCAAGAACACAGUGGCCUCCAUCAUUCUUAAAUAGAAGAAGUUUGGAACCACCAAGACUCUUCCUAGAGCUGGCCUCCUGGCCAAACUGAGCAAUAGGGGGAGAUGGGCCGUGGUCAGGGAGGUGGCCAAAAACCCGAUGGUCACUCUGACAGAGCUCCAGAGUUCCUCUGUAGAGAUGGGAGAACCUUCCAGAAGGACAACCAUCUCUGCAGCACUCCACCAAUCAGGCCUUAAUCGCAGUGGCCAGACGGAAGCCAUUCCUCAGUAAAAGGCACAUGACGGCCCACUUGGAGUUUGCCAAGAGGCACCUAAAGGACUCUGACCAUGAGAAACAAGAUUCUCUGGUCUGAUGAAACCAAGAUUGAACUCUUUUGGCCUGAAUGCCAAACGUCAUGUCUGGAGGAAACCUGGCACCAUCCCUAUGGUGAAGCAUGGUGGUGGCAGCAUCAUGCUGUGGGGAUGUUUUUCAGUGGCAGGGACUUGGAGACUAGUCAGGAAUGAGGGAAAGAUGAACGGAGCAAAGUACAGAGAGAUCAUUGAUGCAAACCUGCUCCAGAGCGCUCAGAACCUCAGACUGGGGUGAAGGUUCACCUUCCAACAUGACAACAACCCUAAGCACACAGCCAAGAUAACGCAGGAGUGGCUUCGGGACAAGUCUCUCAAUGUCCUUGAGUGGCCCAGCCAGAGCCCGGACUUGAACCCGAUCGAACAUCUCUGGAGAGACCUGAAAAUAGCUGUGCAGCAAUGCUCCCCAUCCAACCUGAGGAUCUGCAGAGAAAAAUGGGAGAAACUCCCCAAAUACAUGUGUGCCAAGCUUGUAGCAUCAUACCGAAGAAGAAUCUAGGCUGUAAUCGCUGCCAAAGGUGCUUCAACAAAGUACUGAGUAAAGCGUCUGAAUACUUAUGUAAAUGUAACAUUUUAUUUUUUUGUCUUUAAUACAUUUGCACAACAACAAAAAAAACAGUUUUUGCUUUGUCAUUUUGGGGUAGUGUGUGUAGAUUGAUGAGGGGAAAAAAAACAAUUUAAUACAUUUUAGAGGAAAGCUGUAACGUAACGAAAUGUAGAAAAAGUCAAGGGGUCUGAAUACUUUCCGAAUCCACUAGGUUGACAUAUUAUAUAGCCUAGGUUGACAUAUUAUAAUAUUAUAUAAAUAUAUAGCCUAGGUUGACAUAUUAUUAUAUUAUAUAAAUAUAUAGCGUAGUUUGACAUAUUGCUUUUAUAGUCCCUAUCCAAUCCAUUAAUCCUAUACAGAUCUAAGUUCAUAGGCAUAAGGUGCAGGGGUUGAUUUGUAAUGUGGCCCUGAUCCCUGUUAUCAAAUUCCCCUUCGUUUGGAGGGGAAACUGGGCCUGUAGAGUGUAAUUUAUGCCGUGUGUUUGUCCUUCUCCCUCCUAGCAAAUCAUGAAGGACCGGUGGAUAAACGCCGGCUGUGAGGAGGAUGAGAUGAAGCCCUUUGUGGAACCAGAAACGGACAUCACGGACCAGAAGAGAAUAGGUACACUGACUCAAACACUCCUCUGUGUAUCAGCCGCUCCCAUUUCUCUCCCUAACCCUUCAAUGAUCUUAACGGUCUGGAUAGGUAGAAAUAAACAGUGUAGUGGUCGAGCUUCCACCUUUAUAGGUUUGCAAACAUCAACAGGAAGGGUUAGGGAGCGAAUUGGGGACUUGCUUUACAUCUAUGCACCUAUAUACUGUAUCCAUACUUAUGAAUAUAGAUAAUGACUUUAUUAAACCAGGGAUGGUCAGCCCUCCUCAUGGAGAAUUGCUGAGUAUACAGGCUUUUGUUCCAGCCCUGCUCUAACACACCUGAUUCUACUAAUCAAGGUCCUGAGGAGCUGUGACCAACGUGAGCCUGGCAGAGCUUGGUUGUUUUCAGACACCCACGGGCAACCCAAGGCCUAGCACUCCACUCAGACACACACACGUACACAGUCAUUAAAAAGCACGCUUGACCACGCAUGAACACAACCACACUCCGUAACACGCUGUCAUUAAAAAGCACGCUUGACCACGCAUGAACACAACCACACUCCGUAACACACUGUCAUUAAAAAGCACGCUUGACCACGCAUGAACACAACCACACUCCGUAACACACUGUCAUUAAAAAGCACGCUUGACCACGCAUGAACACAACCACACUCCGUAACACACUGUCAUUAAAAAGCACGCUUGACCACGCAUGAACACAACCACACUCCGUAACACACUGUCAUUAAAAAGCACGCUUGACCACGCAUGAACACAACCACACUCCGUAACAUGCUGUCAUUAAAAAGCACGCUUGACCACGCAUGAACACAACCACACUCCGUAACACACUGUCAUUAAAAAGCACGCUUGACCACGCAUGAACACAACCACACUCGGUAACACACUGUCAUUAAAAAGCACGCUUGACCACGCAUGAACACAACCACACUCCGUAACACACUGUCAUUAAAAAGCACGCUUGACCACGCAUGAACACAACCACACUCCGUAACACGCUGUCAAUAAAAAGCACGCUUGACCACGCAUGAACACAACCACACUCCGUAACACGCUGUCAUUAAAAAGCACGCUUGACCACGCAUGAACACAACCACACUCCGUAACACACUGUCAUUAAAAAGCACGCUUGACCACGCAUGAACACAACCACACUCCGUAACACACUGUCAUUAAAAAGCACGCUUGACCACGCAUGAACAUUAAAAUGUACAUGUGCAUGCGCACACACAAACACACACACAAACACAAACACACACACACUCACAGAUCCAGGAGUCGAUACAGUCUGGCAGACCUUGUUCUUUCCACUCCACCCUGCUCCCCCUCACACCCUGUGCUUGCCACCUACCAUGUCUGUCGAUGCCAGCAUUGAUCUGCUCCUACCAUGCCCUCUGUUUGUCGAUGCCAGCAUUGAUCUGCUCCUACCAUGCACCCUGUUUGUCGAUGCCAGCAUUGAUCUGCUCCUACCAUGCCCUCUGUUUGUCAAUGCCAGCAUUGAUCUGCUCCUACUAUGCCCUCUGUCUGUCGAUGCCAGCACUGAUCUGCUCCUACCAUACCCUCUGUUUGUCGAUGCCAGCAUUGAUCUGCUCCUACCAUGCCCUCUGUCUCACUCAGCACUGAUGAGAGAGAGACUGGGGGAGAGAGACAAGUGUUAUCAGUGUCAGAAAGGAUAUUCCACAACCACAACAACAAUAAGACCCUGUUUGGUUGACUUCCCCUCUACUUUUUACUGCCUUCGUUUUAGGUUUUGUUUUGUGUUGAGUGGUGCUUCUUUCACCAGCCAUCAGUGCUCUCUCUCGCUCUGUGUCUCUCUGAUGUAUGCAUGAGUGUUGUUGCUGUACAUCCAAUUUCCCCUUGUGGGAUUAAAAAAGUUUAUUCAAUUCAAUUCAAACACAUUGCCCUCACUGCCUAGUAUUUUGGUACCCCUCACCAAAUAGGAAAUGGGGAUAGAUGUUCACACAGUCCCAACCAAUGGUUGUUGUUUUUUUCUUGCAUAUUAUUUUCAUUAUUGGAUAGAGACCAUGAGGGAGACACAGGAAAGUUGAAAGAGGGUUUGUUGUCAAAAGGGUGUGGGCUGGAUUGGAACUCUGACACUGACACGGUACAUGUGCUCUGAAGGCAGCAGCCCUAACCACUAGACCACACCAGGCUGCAGCCUAUUGGGUGUUUUGAUGCUAACAGCUGUCCCGUCCCACUCCUGUUCUCCUGCAGACAUCAUGGUGGGGAUGGGUUACACUCGGGAGGAAGUGACUGAGUCUCUAACCAGGAUGAAGUACGACGAGAUCACCGCCACCUACCUGCUACUGGGCAGGAAGUCCACUGAGGUAAGGACAGACCAGGCCAUAGAUGACCAUGUUCGAAAGCACUGGCUCUUAACAUGUAUUAGUUCUUGGUCUUGGUUUCUGUCUGACAUUUUUAGCAAGUGCACAAGUGCAAUGAUGUGCAAAAUGCUGUACCUGAAGUGAUACAGUCUGUUUGGAUGACGAUGUCACUUUUUUUUGCGCUGUCAAAAUGUCACUUUUUUAUUUUUUUUACCAAAAGGUGAAAUAUAUAUGUAUACAGUAUCAGUGAAAAGUUUGGACACACCUACUCAUUCAAGGGUUUUUCUUUAUUUUUACUAUGUUCUACAUUGUAGAAUAAUAGUGAAGACAUCAAAACUAUGAAAUAACACAUAUGGAAUCAUGUAGUAACCAAAAAAGUGUUAAACAAAUCUAAAUAUAUUUUAUAUUUGAGAUUCUUCAAAGUAGCCACCCUUUGCCUUGAUGACAGCUUUGCACACUCUUGGCAUUAUCUCAACCAGCUUCACCUGGAAUGCUUUUCCAACAGUCUUGAAGGAGUUCCCACAAAUGCUGAGUGCUUUUCCUUCCCUCUGCCGGUCCAACUCAUCCCAAACCAUCUCAAUUGGGUUGAGGUCGGGUGAUUGUGGAGGCCAGGUAAUCUGAAGCAGCACUCCAUCACUCUCCUUCUUGGUCAAAUAGCCCUUACACAGCCUGGAGAUGUGUUGGGUCAUUGUCCUGUUGAAAAACAAAUGAUAGUCCCACUAAGCACAAACCAUAUGGAAUGGCAUAUCGCUACAGAAUGCUGUGGUAGCCAUGCUGGUUAAGUGUGCCUUGAAUUGUAAAUAAAUCACAGACAGUGUCACCAGUUAAUUGAAAUGAAUUUCAGGUGAGUACCUCAAGUUGGUUGAGAGAAUGCCAAGAGUGUGCAAAGCUGUCAUCAAGGCAAAGGGUGGCUAUUUGAAGAAUCUCAAAUAUAAAAUAUAUUUUGAUUGAACACUUUUUUGGUUACUACGUGAUUCCAUAUGUGUUAUUUCAUAGUUUUGAUGUCUUCACUAUUAUUCUACAAUGUAGAAAAUAGUAAAAAAAUAAAGAAAAACCCUGGAAUGAGUAGGUGUGUCCAAACUUUUGACUGGUACUGUAUAUAUAUUAUUAACCCAUCCUCUUCAGAGGACACAAAUAUAUUUUUCUGUUUUUACAGCUUUUUUGCUACAUACAUUUUACACAUCACACUUUACAUCACAUAACAAUACAUUACCGAACAUGAGCUCUUAAUCCCACCCCUCAUUCACUCUUAGCCCUUCCUGACUAUCAUCUUAGACCGCCCUGUGCUGUGAUGUUUUACAUGAAUUUUGAACCUUUGUAAUCGAUUGUGAGCUAAAGAUGAAAACCUUUCCUACGAGUAUUAUUAUAUUAUUGAUUGAUUGACUAUGGCUUUCCAAAUCGCCCAACACUGCUAUUUGUAAGGUACAUUUUAAGUGAAUGUUGUCAUUUUUUUUUUUUUACCAUUCCUGAACCUGUGACCAGAAACAAGCUACAAAAAAAAAGGUACAUAGGGGCAAUACCAGAAUAAAUGAUCUAGUGAUUCUGUCUCUUCGCAGCAAAAUCUACAGAGCUGAGGUUGUUGUAUGCCCAAUAUUUAUAGCAUUCUGUUGGUGGCAAGAAUUUUGUAUAGUAAUUUAAAUUGAAAAACUCUGUGUUGAAUCAAGUGUUGUUGUUUUUUUGUAUCAGUUCAUAUACAGUGAGGGGGGAAAAAUUAUUUGAUCCCCUGCUGAUUCUGUACGUUUGCCCACUGACAAAGAAAUGAUCAGUAUAUAAUUUUAAUGGUAGGUUUAUUUGAACAGUGAGAGACAUACUUUUUUCCCUCACUGUACCAUGUGCCAUGGAAUCGGUACAUUGAAAAUUAGUCGGAAAUGAGAAGUUGUAUGUCUUCUUCACCAUCCGCCCAUUUUAUUGGUAAACUACAAGGUAAACACUGUCUUUUAAAGGUCCAAUACGUAAUAUGGUACACUUGUCAUAAUUAGGUUUUAGUCCGGAGAGGCUAGAAAAGUGAUCAAGGUCUUCAAUGAGACCGUUCAGGGAUCCAGAUUGUGGAGUCAUCGGCAUACAUUGACACUUUUGUUUUUAACCGCUGGAUUUCUAACCCAUUGAUGUUCUUGUUGGAUCUGAUUUUAAUAGCUAGCAUUUCAAUGGCCAUAAUAAAUAGAUAUGGAGACAACGGACAGCCUUGUUUUACUCCUCUUAAAAGCUCAAUAGUUUCUGAGAAGUAACCAUUAUUUACUAUUUUACACCUGGUGUUACUGUACAUAACUUUAACCCAUUGUAUAAGAGAUUCGCCAAAAUUAAAUUAGUCCAGGCAUUUAUGUAUAAAUUGUAGUCGUACUUUAUCAAACGCCUUUUCAAAAUCUGCUAUGAAGACCAGGCCUGGUAUCUUUGUUUAAUUGUCGCAUAUUAUCUCCAAUAUAUCGUCCAUGUAAAAAACCUGUCUGAUCAGGAUUAACAAUAUCUGGUAAACCCUUUUUUAUUCUAUGUCCUAUGCAUUUCACCAGGAUUUUCGCAUCACAAAUUGAAGUGUAAGAGGCCUCCAGUUUUUUAAAUGAACUGGUUCAUUAUAUUUACCACCUGGGUCCUGUUUCAGUAGUAAUGAAAUCAGACCCUCUUGUUGAGUACCUGAAAAUCUACCAUUUUUAUAGGAGUAGUUAAAACAUGCUAAUAAUGGAUCUUUGAGUACAAAUAAUGGAUCUUUGAGUACAAAAGGUCUGAUAUACCUCUACUGGUAUACCAUCAAGACCUGGUGUUUUUACAGACUGAAAGGAUUUUAAUUGCCUCAAGAAGUUCCUCUGUAAGUUGGCCUUCACACAGGUCUUUCUGUACAUUUGUUAACUUUACAUUAUUAUUAUUAUUAGGAAAGAAAUCCUUACAGUUAACAUCAUUCAGUGGAGAUGGAGGAGACUGAAAAGAAAACAUAUGCUUAAAAUAUAAUUUGGUGAAUCAUGGAUGACUCUGUCAUUUGUAACGAGUUUCUGUAAAUGAUUUUUGGUAGCAUUACUAUGUUGAAGAUUCAAGAAAAAUGUAGUGCAUUUUUCACAAUUUUUCCAUCCAACACAAUGGGUGUUUCUCAAUAAGUGUACUACAUACCACAAUACAAUCUGUGCUCUUUUGUGACGAAAAGUUACUCAGUGGGUGUUUCUCAAUAUGCAUACUACCGUGCUUCGAGUACGCAAACUGGAGCAUGCAAUGGUCGGAGUAUGAGUCCAAAUCAAAGUAUGCAAAACAGAGUAUGUAACACGUACUCUGUCUGUACACAUUUCGAAAGCAUGCAUCGAUGCAAGCUUCAACUAAAUUCCCAGGAUUGUUGAUGUAAUAUGACGCAACCAUGUAAAAAAUGAUGAAAAAUAUCUUAAACAAUGGCGGACGUUUUAGAGCUGAAGCAAGAAAAAAAUGUACUCUGACUUCGGAAUGAACUGUUGCAAUUUACAUCUCAUAGUGUUGCCUGACUAGAAUAUUUUAUCUUGGUACGGUAAUAAAUACAUACUAUGUUCAUUUUGGAAUGUUUACCUGCCCACAAUACCCACUGUAGUGUGCGUGACAAAGAAUUAGUAGCUAGCUAGCUACCCAUAAAGAUUUCGUAGCUAACAUUGGCCAAUCUACCUUGCAUAACAACAUUAGUUUUAGGUCGUUUUGUACAUAUAAAACUAGCUUGCUUCUCAUGUAAAUUAUUAUGCAUUCUCCAUACACAAGAACGUCCUCAGAGAAUGAACUCGGAGCAUGAGAGUUUGAAGCACGGUAGUAUGCAUAUUGAGAAACACCCACUGAGUGACUUUGUCACAAAAGAGGACAGAUCUGCGCAAAAAAUAAAACUCAUUCUAAUCUGCAGUGUGAUUUUAAUUUUAAACUUUUCUUCUCUCUCCCAGUUGGAUGCCAGUGACUCAAGCUCUAGCAGUAACCUGUCUCUGGCGAAGGCGCGGCCCGCCAGCGAACACAACAACAACGGCCAGUCUCCGUCCCACCUCAAGGCCCAGCGGUCCAUCUCCGGCACCCAGAAACAGAGACGCUACAGUGACCAGGGUGAGAGAGAGGGAGGAAGGGGGGCGAGGGAAGAAGAACACAUGAAAGGGGAAGAUAAGGGACACAGGAGAAGGAGGGGAGACGCAGGGGAGGAGGACACAGAGGAGGAGGGGAGAAAGAGGAGGAGAGACACUGAGGAGUAGGAGUAGGAGGGGAGACAGGGGAGAAAGGGGAGGAGUAGGAGGAGGAGGGGAGACACGGAGGAGGAGGGGAGACGGGAGAAAGAGGAGGAGAGACUGAGGGGUAGGAGGAGGGGAGACAGAGGGGGAGACAGGAGGAGGAGGAGGAGGGGAGACACUGAGGGGAGACAGAGAGGAGGAGGAGGGGAGACGGAGAGGAGGAGGAGGAGGGGAGACAGAGGAGGAGGAGGAGGGGAGACGGGAGAAAGAGGAGGGGAGACACUGAGGAGGAGGGGAGACAGAGAGGAGGAGGAGUAAGGGGGGCAUGAAGGAGGGAAAAGGGGAUUAGGGUUAAUAUAGGAAGAGAGAUGUGAACCUCCAAUGCACCACAGUUCCCAUUGUAACUCCACACUCAUCCCUGUGUGUCCCUCCCUCCAUCCAUCCAGCCGGUCCGUCCAUUCCCUCGGUGGGCUACCCCAAGAGGAGCCAGACCACCACGGCUGACAACGGCGACCACAAAGAGGACGGGGGUGCCCAACCACGGAAGUCUGUUUCAUCGGGCGAGCACGGUGGCGGCGGUGCCCCUGCUAGUCCCCUAUUGGGUAACGCCAACAACCCCAACAAGGCCGACAUCCCCGACCGCAAGAAGGGCUCCACCACACCCAGUGUGAGUACACGGAAUAUAUAUAUACACACGCAUGCACACACCAACCACUCACUCACACACACUCACAAACUCACUCUGUCACUCACAGGGUAGAGUUUUGUGGGCUUGAUGUCGAUGGCUGUGUCUGAAAUCUGUCUUGCUUUCUACUUACUAAAACUAUACACUGUGUACUAAUCAUACUACAUACUAUGUAGAACGUACUGUUUAGUAAAAAUGUAUGCAGUAAGUAACAAAUAUCCACAUAAUAGGCUCACCCACACUGAGAAUACGUCAUCUAAUGCGCAAUUGCGUUGUUUCCCGACAUUCGUUUGUUUUGGUAGCGCAUCCCCUUGUCUGAUUAUCAGCUGUUGUCAAACACACGUGGAAAAGACGCUUCUCUUCCUCAAUAGUGUGCAGCGAAUUCUACUAUUUGAAAAGCUAAAAUGAGUACGACAUCCUGGCAUUUAAAGCAUACUACAUUUUCCAAAUUUCACAUACCCAAUCAGCGUAUUAUUUUGAAUGCAAGUAUGGAUAUUCGACCACACACUCACUCACAGGGUAGCGUUGUUUGGGCUUGAUGAUCAAUGUAGUGUUUACAGCAUUUGUACUGUGUUUAGUGCAGUAUCUUCUCUCAUCGUUUCUUUCUUCUGUUUAUUUAUGUCUUUCUGUUUCUCUCUGUCUCGGUCUUCACUAGCUGUCUGUCACUAUCGUUGACAGGGUAGCAGUUAUUCAUUCCUUUCUCUCUCUUUCACUCUCUCUCCCUCUCUCUCUGCCCCUCCUUCCCUAACCCUCUUUCAUUCCUUUCCCCACCCUCUUUGUCUCUCCCUCCAGACUAACUCCACGUCAGGGGGCAUGAGGAGGAGGAACACGUAUGUGUGCAGCGAGAGGAAUGCCUCGGAACGCCACUCUGUCAUCCAGAACGGAAAAGAAAACAGGUGAGAGCUAUGAGGUGCCAAGGCUCUAUCUGUCCCAUUGUCCCUCCUGGCCUUCCAAACACAGGCACACAGAUCCAGGUGCAUACACACACACACACACACACACACACACACACACACACACACACACACAACACAUUUGUUGUCUUCGUCUCACACACUCUCUCUUCUUACAAAUGCAUAUGUUAGAUAAAAAACACAUUUUGAAGGGCACAACCUAUUUAUUUUAUUUUUUAUUUUAUUUAACCUUUAUUUAACUAGGCAAGUCAGUUAAGAACAAAUUAUUAUUUACAAACCCUCCCCUAACCCGGACGACACUGGGCCAAUUGUGCGCCGCCCUAUGUGGGUCCAGUGUGUCUGGGAUGAUGGUGUUGAUGUGAGCCAUGACCAGCCUUUCAAAGCAUUUCAUAGCCACAGAUGUGAGUGCUACGGGGCGAUAGUCAUUUAGGCAGGUUACCUUGGCGUUCUUGGGCACAGGGACUAUGGUGGUCUGCUUGAAACAUGUGAGUAUUACAGACUGGGUCAGGGAGAGGUUGAACAUGCCAGUGAAGACACUUGCCAGUUGGUCAGCGCAUGCUCUGAGUACGCGUCCUGGUAAUCCAUCUGGCCCUGCGGCCUUGUGAAUGGCCAAGGAGAGCGUGAUCACACAGUCUUCCGGAAAAGCUGGUGCGCUCAAGCAUGGUUCAGUGUUGCUAGCCCCGAAGUGAGCAUAGAAGGCAUUUAGCUCGUCUGGUAGGCUCGCGUCACUGGGCAGCUUGCGGCUGGGUUUCCCUUUGUAAUCCAUGAUAGUUAGCAAGCCUUUUAUUUCAGCUCAUGAACCAUGAAACCAACACUUUACACGUUGUGUUUAUAUUUUUGUUCAGUAUAGUAUGGUCUACAGCUUAUUAUGAGGUAUUCAAACUCAGGCUAGCAGAACCUUGAAACGUCCUUAAUGUUAGAGAUCGCGCACCAACUGUUGUUAAGACACAAAAAAGCAAGUUUUAUAUUUUCCAUGUCAUUGUUCAGCCACGACUAAUAAUAGGAUAUGAUAUUACAGUUCUUCAGGUCACGUUGAUAGGAUAGUCUCGAAUGAAGCUUGUCCAGUUUACUCUCCAGUGAUUGCAGGUUUGCCAAUAGAACAGAGAGUAAAGGCAGUUUACUUGUUGAAGUGUUCUGAUAACAAAUAAAAUAGACUAUGCCAAGAGAAUCUUGAGGAUGAAAACUACUUGGAAUGUUGGUGUUCAGUAUGUGUUUGAAUCUAUACAUAUGGUUCCGAGAGGGUUUAAAACUGAGACGUAGGCUUUUGACCGUUCUUUGACCUCGGUCGGUCAGCAGCGGUCAAAGCCUUUCAUCUCUCUCUCUCUCUCUGAGUUGUGUUCAUUAGGCACCAAACAGAAUACGAUGUAGUUAAACAGGGAGGUAGUUAAACUAGUACACUAACAAACGCUCAUUUUGUUUUACAAGAUUACUUGUGUUACCAUGGCAAUUAAAGUUGAGUGCUCAGAUUUGUCAGCAAGAUGAGUUUUUGAAUGAGUCAUUCAUAUCGCCAAUGAGUCAUUCACGGCAUUCACAAAGGACUUUUUUUUUUUUUCAUUUUAGCAGACGCUCUUAUCCAGAGCGACUUACAUUUAGUGAGUGCAUACAUUUUUCAUACUGCUGAUCCAAUUCCCCUCAAUUAUACACUACCGUGGGGUCACUUAGAUAUGUCCUUGUUUUCGAAAGAAAAACCAUUUUUUUGUCCAUUAAAAUAACAUCAAAUUGAUCAGAAAUACAGUGUAUACAUUGUUAAUAUUGUAAAUGGCUAUUGUAGCUGGAAACGGCUGAUUUGUAAUGGAAUAUCUACAUAGGCGUACAGAGGCCCAUUAUCAGCAACCAUCAGUCCUGUCUUCCAAUGGCACGUUGUGUUUGCUAAUCCAAGUUUGUAAUUUUAAAAGGCUAAUUGAUCAUUAGAAAACCCUUUUGCAAUUAUGUUAGCACAGCUGAAAACUGUUGUGCUGAUUAAAGAAGCAAUAAAACUGGCCUUCUUGAGACUAGUUGAGUAUCUGGAGCAUCAGCAAUUGUGGGUUUGAUUACAGGCUCAAAAUGUCCAGAAACAAAUAACUUUCUUCUGAAAUUGGCAGCUUCAUUAAAUAGUACCCGCAAAAAACACCAGUCUCAACGUCAACAGUGAAGAGGCGACUCUGGGAUACUGACCUUCUAGGCAGAGUUGCAAAGAAAAAGCCAUAUCUCAGACUGCCCAUCUUAAUCUUUUCUUUUUAUUGGCCAGUCUGAUAUGGCUUUUUCUUUGCAACUCUGCCUAGAAGGUCAGUAUCCCGGAGUCGCCUCUUCACUGUUGACGUUGAGACUGGUGUUUUGCGGGUACUAUUUAAUGUAGCUGCCAGUUGAGGACCUGUGAGGCGCCUGUUUCUCAAACUAGACACUCUAAUGUAUUUGUCCUCUUGCUCAGUUGUGCACCAGGGCCUCCCACUCCUCUUUCUAUUCUGGUUAGAGCCAGUUUGCGCUGUUCUGUGAAGGGAGCAGUACACAGCGUUGUACGAGAUCUUCAGUUUCUUGGCAAUUUCUCGCAUGGAAUAGACUGACGAGUUUCAGAAGGAAGUUCUUUGUUUCUGGCCAUAGUGUAAAUAUAACCGAUAUGUAGGACUGAGGGCGACACAGCAGAUUGAUAGACACUCAUAUGCAGUCCACAAUCCACGCCCUUUGACCAUCCAGUGCAACCCAAUACAGAGACAGUCACCACUGCAAAGAAUGCUCCCUUCAACUUCUGCUUGUCCAACAACCAUUACCACACUGCUGCUACAGUACAUUCAUUCAAGAGAGCCUGGACAGAAAGCAUACCUUCCUGUUCUGUCCUCUACCUUUAUCUUAUGAAGUUUGACUUAUGCCCUCAAUGCUUUAUUAAAACCCACCUUUUUUUGCUCUGGCCCCGUGGCCUUUUUCCCUGCACUUCACCUCCUGUCCUCUGGGGGGCAGCAUGAGUGAAAUGUCGGCAGCCUGUGCCACUAACCCCUCUGCCUACGCCAAGGCCCUCACCGUCUCCUCCGCCUCGGUCCGUCUGCGCCACCAGAAGGCAGCGUCCCUGUCGGCUUCAGGCCACACCUGCCGCCAAACGCUGCCGCCUACCGAUGGCGACUUCUUCAGGCCUAAGUAAGGGGCUUCCCACCCCACCUCCCAGGGGUUCGACCAGGGGGCCUCCUCUUCCCAGGGGCCACGUUAUGUCUGUCUGCUCGUCUCCGACCUCAUUUUCCAUCCCCCUCUCUGUCCGCACUCUUUCUCUCUAACGCCCUCUGACCAAUCGUAACAUUUCCCUCCCCAACACUCAUCCCGUGUAUCUGCCCUCUUCUCAUUCCGUUAGCUCCACCACCCAAAGCAUCUCCACCAAUGGCUGGUACCUCUGGUAAAGGUUUGUGUCUUAACACGGAGAAGGAUUGCGUCCUCUCUCUUCCCACUAAUUACCCCAAUGUCUUUGGUCCAAAGUAGUGCUAGUCAAAUCUCACCUGACAAACAAAAUCCCUAAUGUAUCAAAGAUGAGUAGCCGCAUUAAUUUCAUUGGCUCGAAUGUCUUAAAGGCUCUGUUUAGGUUCCCUUUAACUCUGUAGUCAACUAAAGAAUAAAAACAAGUGUUUCAUCAUGAUGUGGUUAAUAAUAGCUAACCCAAAACCAUCAGAGUUGACAUCCGCUGCUCUUUCAGGUAAGAGAUGUGAAAUGGUAUUGGUUCAGGUAGUUUUAGUGCUCGUUCACAAGACAGGUUGAUGGUAUCCCCUCUUUUGAAUGUGAAUAACCUGGAACCUGGUCUUUUUUUGUAGCCAUCUCUUUGGCUAGCGCAGAAAACAGACCGUGACCCAGGCUAAAAUGUGUGGUCUUGACUCUUAUGUUCCCCUUCCUCCACCCCCCGUUUCCUCCCCAGCACGACGACGACGUCUGGCCAGCGAAACCCUGGUGGCGCCUCCACCCACAGCAUCAGCAGCAGCGCCACGCCCCCCGACCGGCUGCGUUUCCCCCGCGGCACGGCCAGCCGCAGCACCUUCCACGGCGGCCAGCUGCGGGAGCGCCGCACGGCCACCUACAACGGCCCGCCGGCUUCACCCACACUCUCACAUGACGCCACUCCCCUCUCGCAGUCCCGGAGCCGCGGCACCACCAACCUCUUCACCAAGCUCACCUCCAAGCUCACUCGCAGGUAAGCCAAAGCCUAACACGUUAUCCCCGAAACAAUCGGAACAAACCACGGAAUGCAGUUUUCAGCACUGGGGUUUGAGGAAUUCAAAAUAAUCUGUUGUUAGGUCUGAUCACCAGCCUGUCUAAUAGAAAUGUAUCCAUACCCUAUUUCACUCAUCAUUCUCUAAUAGUAAUGGUGUCAACUCUGCCAUGGUUUGUUUUUUUUUUUAGGGUUUUUGGAUAAACGCUGAAAAUUUGGUCUGUGGUAAACACAGGCUUAGGAGAUCUUAUAAGUUUUGUUCUAUGAGAUAAUCUUUAUCAGCUAACAUCACUUUUUGUGAAUUUUGAAGCAUUUAUGUAAUCAUAAAAAGCACAUAAAGCACAUUUAAGGCUUCAUAAUACAUAAAGGUCAUGUUUAACUGACUGAUGUUAUCUCAUAAAACAAAACGUAUAAGAUCGGCCUCCCGAGUGGUUCAGCAGUCUAAGUCACUGCAUCACUGUGCUUGAGGCUUCACUACGGCCCCGGAUUCGAUCCCAGGCUGUGUUGCAGCCGGCCGUGACCGGGAGACCCAUGAGGCGGAGCACAAUUGGCCCAGCGUCGUCCGGGUUUGGGAAGGGUUUGGCCGGCCGGGAUUUCCAUGUCCCAUCGCACUCUAGCAACUCCUUGUGGCGGGCCGGGCGCCUACAAGCUGACUUUGGUCGCCAGUUGGACGGUGUUUCCUCCAACACAUUGGUGUGGCUGGCUUCCGGGUCAAGAAGCAGUGUGGCUUGGCAGGGUCAUGUUUUGGAGGACGCAUGGCUCUUGACCUUUGCCUCUCCCAAGUCCGUAGGGGAGUUGCAGCGAUGGGACAAGACUGUAACUACCAAUUGGAUAUCACGAAAUUGGGGAGAAAAAGGGGUAAAAGUAAAAAUAAAAACGUAUAAGAUCUCCUAUGCCUGUAACAGACCUUAUUUUCGGCAUUUAUCCCAAAAUCCUAUUCUUUCCCCAUUCAUUUUCCCCAUAGGAAUGACUGAAUGAACCAGAGGUAACUCAUUUCCGGUUUUUUGGACUACAACCUGGCGAGCUCUAUUUAUGUGGAUAUAAUAUCAUCCUUCACAUCUUCAUCGUAAUAAUUAGUCUUGAUAAAAUGUGAUAGAUUAUUGUAGAUAUCGCCCAGUCAUAAUUUAUGACUCGCUGAGUUGAAUUCAAGUUGUUUUUCUGUCACCUCAGAAACCCCUUUCCAGUACCGUACAGUCUCAGUUCAGUGCAGUCCCGCCAUUCCCUCAAAGGUCUACCCUUGGAUUUAGUGUCACUAAAUGGACCUGCUCUGCUUUAACCCAUUAAUGUCAAUAUGUUUAAUAUCUCUCACUUCUCUUUGUAGUCCUCCUACACAUUGUAUAUACAUUCCCCCCCCCCCCAGACAAAACCUAACAAUGCUGCUUUUCAUUUGUACCAGAAUUAGAAUGAAUAAAGGCAGCAUCUCAGUUUUUGGGGGAAUAUCAUUCUGUCCGACAGAUAGUCAUAGCCUGAAAUUCUUUUGAUAAGUAAGAAUAGUCUCCUCUCUCAGAAUCAAUCUUAGCUCCAGGUUGUUCUACAUUUUAGCCAGAAUUAUAUUUUGAUUAUGUCACGACGCUCUGUCAUAUGCAAAAUGGCUUCAUUACUUUUUGGGACUUUUAUUCAUUAGACUAAUAAAGAACCUCAACUUUAAUCUGAAAAGUAACAUAACAUUCAACUAUUCUUUAAUACAUUCAUUGAAUGCUUUUUUUCACAACUUUAUCCUUUCAUAGCUGCUGUUCAGGUUUUUCUUGGAGCAGAUUUGAACACCUUAGCUCUAUAAUAAUACUCUAUCCUAGGGAAGCCGCUAUUACCCAUUGUCCAAGCUGUCUGUAAUCUGCCAGUAACAGAUGCUAGCAGCCAGGCUCAGACGAGAGAUGUUGUUGAAACCGUUCGUUGAACCAUCUACUGAUCCUUAUUAUGCUGCCCAAAGUAUUGAAACGAUUUUCUAAUUUGAUUCUUUAAAAAUAUAAAGAAUUCUUAGUACAACUUUUGACUUGUUACAUUUUUUUCUUUUUUUUAUAGAAACAAAUCAUUCUGGUUUACCAAAAGGUAGGACGACCCCACCAAUUGGCUCGGUGUGCAAUUAAUCAGAAAAACUUAACUAAUUGGUCAACUGUGUAAUUAACUUUUUAACCCUGUGUGGACAAAGAGCCUGAUUAAAAUGCUUGAACCUGACUGACCUCUUGGCUCCAUGAGCCCUAAUCACAGUACAAUUGAGCAUGUCUAAGACCUUUAUGCUUUCUUCUUUGAGUUGAACUAGACAACAGACUCUACUAAUCACCCAUGCAUGGCUCUCUACUGAGCUGGUCCUUGCACAAUCACUAAUGGAAAAGCUUGACAAAUGUUUAUUUUUAUUGUUGACGGUAAGUCUUGUGUUGGUUUUACAUGUGCAUAUGUCUGCACAACUACUGUACCAUACAAUGCCUUUACGACUGUACAUAAAAUGUAUACAAGUUGGUAAAAGGUUGGUGGCAGCCAUUUGCUAGUUUUGCAGCAGCUAGCAUGAUGGUAUUCAGUCAGGAACCCUCACUUUUGGUGACAAGGCUUUUAUUAUUCGUAUGAAGAUUUUACCACACUUUAUGGAUCAAUGACUUUAGGGGUACCCCAAGGGUCAGUCUAAGCCCAAUGGAAAUACAUUUUUACAAAAAAAAAAAAGGUAUUUUUUCAUUUGCAAUAAAGGUGUAGUACAUUAUUUAUACUGAAAACAGCACUCUUUAGUAGAAGCGUUUUAUGGGCUAGCCUUUUUUACCCUUCUUUCAUCUCGGACACAAGGGACCCACUGUAUCUUUAAUUUCAGAGAGCUCUUCUUCACUUUUUAUCCUUGGACAAGGUAACAAACUUAUUGGUUGUGUAAUUUAGGGUACCCUACUGGGCUCUAAAUGUGGCUGCCGUUCGAGAUGAUGAUUGAGAGGUGGUUCGUUGCAGGACGGAGUUCAGGUACCGAAUCCCCCUGGCUGUAGAGAAUUCCUCCCCAUCAUCCUCUCUCUCCUCGCAUUGGUGUCCCUGAAAGCUAUCAUUGCCCAGCUAUGGAACUUGUCCUUCAAUUUCUCCUUGAUUUGCUAGCUAGUGGCCCAGCCCUUAUCCACCUGGCUAAGGAACUUGUUCCUUGAUUUCUCCUUGACUUGCUAGAUGAUAGCCCAGCCCCUAUCCUAGAACUAGUAGAUGAUAGCCCAGUCCCAAUCCUAGAACUAGUAGAUGAUAGCCCAGUCCCAAUCCUAGAACUAGUAUAUGAUAGCCCAGUCCCAAUCCUAGAACUAGUAGAUGAUAGCCCAGUCCCAAUCCUAGAACUAGUAGAUGAUAGCCCAGUCCCAAUCCUAGAACUAGUAGAUGAUAGCCCAGUCCCAAUCCUAGAACUAGUAGAUGAUAGCCCAGUCCCAAUCCUAGAACUAGUAGAUGAUAGCCCAGUCCCAAUCCUAGAACUAGUAGAUGAUAGCCCAAUCCUAGAACUAGUAGAUGAUAGCCCAGCCCCUAUCCUAGAACUAGUAGAUGAUAGCCCAGCCCCUAUCCUAGAACUAGUAGAUGAUCCAGCCCAUCCUAGAAACUGUAGAUGAUAGCCCAGUCCCAAUCCUAGAACUAGUAGAUGAUGCCAGCCCCAUCCUAGAACUGGUAGAUGAUAGCCCAGCCCCAUCCUAGAACUAGUAGAUGAUAGCCCACCCAUCCUAGAACUAGUAGAUGAUAGCCCAGUCCCAAUCCUAGAACUGUAGAUGAUAGCCCAGCCCCUAUCCUAGAACUGUGAUGAUAGCCAGCCCAAGUCCUAGAACUGUAGAUGAUAGCCCAGUCCCAAUCCUAGAACUAGUAUAUGAUAGCCCAGUCCCAUCCUAGAACUAGUAGAUGAUAGCCCAGUCCCAAUCCUAGAACUAGUAGAUGAUAGCCCAGCCCCUAUCCUAGAACUAGUAGAUGAUAGCCCAGUCCCAAUCCUAGAACUAGUAAUGAUAGCCCAGUCCCAUCCUAGAACUAGUAGAUGAUAGCCCAGUCCCAAUCCUAGAACUAGUAAUGAUAGCCCAAUCCUAGAACUAGUAGAUGAUAGCCCAGUCCCAAUCCUAGAACUAGUAGAUGAUAGCCCAAUCCUAGAACUAGUAGAUGAUAGCCCAGUCCCAAUCCUAGAACUAGUAGAUGAUAGCCCAAUCCUAGAACUAGUAGAUGAUAGCCCAGCCCCUAUCCUAGAACUGGUCGAUGAUAGCCCAGUCCCAAUCCUAGAACUAGUAUAUGAUAGCCCAGCCCCAAUCCUAGAACUAGUAGAUGAUAGCCCAGUCCCAAUCCUAGAACUAGUAUAUGAUAGCCCAGUCCCAAUCCUAGAACUAGUAGAUGAUAGCCCAGCCCCGGUCCUAGAACUAGUAGAUGAUAGCCCAGCCCCUAUCCUAGAACUAGUAGAUGAUAGCCCAGCCCCUAUCCUAGAACUAGUAGAUGAUAGCCCAGCCCCUAUCCUAUAACUGGUAGAGGAUAGAACUGGCGAGAGGCUCUUUGGGCGUGUGACUUGCUUUGCAUUUGCCCACUCACUUUUAUAUUAUACUGUUCAGGGGGACUCCAGUCCAUCCAGCCCAUAUGUAGCACAUGGGGACGUUUGAAACGUACUCCUCAGCCUGAAGUGUACCCACUUACCCCUAGCAAAUAGCUAGCUUUUCACGUGCCGCCGACUGGUAAGACUCCUCAGGAGGGCGGUCACGUGUGCUAGAAAGGCAGAGGUCACGAGUUCGUGCCGUUGGGCCAAAUCGGGAGGAAGUGGCACUCCCUAAGAAAGCAGCGUGAUGUCAUCUUUACACAGAGAUAGGGCUCCUUCUGUCUAAGCAUCAAACAAACCCUCCUAUAUCUCUCUUUCUCUCUCUCUCCUUGUCUUUUCUCUCACAGCCAACUAGGUCCAGCACUCUCCAUCCGCAUGACUCCGACUGAAUCCUCU